CACCACACUCACCACCACCACCACCACCACCACCGCCACCACCACCACCACCACUGUGUGCCGCACCUUCACGCCCACGCUGUUCCCACCCCAUCCACGCCGCCCACUAGCUGCCACCCUGCAUCCUACCCACACCAACUCAGGAAGGUGAUCGGCAGCACGCCCACAGCAUAGUUCUCUCAGGGGCCGCCCACGCCGCCCAUGACCUGCUGCUGUGGUGGGCGGACUCCGGCUCCCUGCCGCCCGGCCUCCCGCCGCCCCCGCCCCCGCCCGCGAGGCCCCCCCGAGUGUCGGCGGUAACUAUGCGCUGUGGGUCAGGGACGGGCCGGGGUUAUGGUGUGUCGGCAUUGUCCGCGGCCCCCCUGGCGUCCUGCCCCCCUUGCCUUCCUCUUUCCGCCGCUCUUGCUCUCCCUCGCCCUCGCCGCCGCCCACAGGUCAACUAUUAGCACUCCUCCGCCGCCCACUUCCCUUCACUACCACAGCGCCAUCACGCCGACCGACACACACGCCCACCAAAACGGUCACCAUCAACGCAACGGUGCCAUCAACGCGGACUGGAUGGUGCCACAGCACAGCGGGAACGAGAGUCAGUGCGCGGCGGCGACAAAUUUCGAGAUAGAAAAGGUUCCGGAGGAGAAAGUCGAGGCGAAGUGCCAAACGUGCCCUCGUGAAAACGAAACUUGUGACUCGUGCCGCAGUCUGGUCGAGGCUGUUUGUUACAGUAAAGAACCAGAGGAACGUGAACAGCUCCUCCGCCGCGUUACCCUGAGGUAUUGUCCUCAUCUGGUCCUGCAGUCCGUCAUGUGCCCGCUUGACAGAAAGAGUGUGAUCAAUUCUUUUAACUGCAGCAGUGUUUUGCGACAUCUGCAGGAACGAGACGAGCAAGUAGCCCGCAUCCUGCAGCAACAUAGGUCUAUCGUGCACAACUGCGAGCGAUUCUCCUCCAUCAGAGAAAGUUGCACCGAAUGCGAGGUUUGUGUUCCAUGCAACGGUUGACCUUUACCCAGGGUAAGACGUAGUAAAUGGCAACCAGAAUUGAGACAAAGGUGUCUGGUUUAUAGAUUGUUUAGACUAAUGGAAAACGGAUGAACUAUUUAAGACGAGUGGUCAUUCUACUGAUGACACCGUCGAUAUGAAGAAUUUAUGUAUGCACUAUUCUUUUUGCUUGAUUGCUUUGCCAAUAUAUGUAAUUUGAUAGCCAACAGAUUAAAGAUUAUCUUUA